GCGCAUGUGCAGUGAGGGGACCCUCCGUCUCCUAGUGAUGGCGGCGGCUGUGGAGAAGGCAGAGGUUGGGAACGAGGCGGAGGCGACGUGCUCUCAGGCGCAGUCCGGCGAGACGCUGAAACUCUCCGACAUCUUCGAGAACGGCUGGAGGCUGCACGAUGAGGUGGAGAGCAGCAACGAGCCGUCCAACUCGGAGAGCUUUCAGCGCAAGGUGCGGCGGGGGAUGGAGCUGCUGGAACAGGCCACUCGAAUGGUGAACCAGCUGGAUCUGUUCAGUCGAAAUGAAGAAUUGGAAGAAAUUGCCACUUCAGAUGUUAAGUACUUGUUGCUGCCUGUGUUACUAGGAGCUCUUACAAUGAAAUUAGGGAAUACUGCAAAGCGGCUAGAGCAUAUACAAAAGGCCCAAGUCUAUUACAUGGACUUCUUGCAACGUUGCAAAGAUUAUAAUGUAAUGACAUUUGAGUUCCCUGAAACAAUGGAAAAUAAAGAAGAAAAUAACAAAGCAGGUGCUGAUUCCAGUAGACCGACAGUUUCAAGUCAAUCCAGUUUAAUCUCCAUGGCGGUAAAAAGACAGGCGAAAAUUGAAAGGUAUAACAUGAAGAAAGAAACUGAAGCCAAAUUAAAAGAGAUUAAAUCUAUUAUUUGCAGUGGAAAAGCAGAUGAUGAGCAGACAAGGAAAUUUUAUCUAUUGAAUUUACAAAAGUGGAUAAACACAAGUCUAGAAGAAAUUGAGAGCAUAAAUCAAGAAAAACAAAUUUUGAAACGAAUUGGAGAAAAUAAACAACCUCAGGCUACUCGACCACAGAGACCCCCAAUGCAACCUUUUAUCCUUGCUCGAAAUGCAGCUGAAGCCAAAGUGUUUGGUGUUGGUUAUCCAAGUCUUCCUACUAUGACAGUUGAUGAUUGGUAUGAGCAACAUAAAAAGCAUGGUGCUCUCCCUGAUCAGGGGAUUCCAAGAAGUCAAUCAGUUGAUCAGGAAAAUCAAGAACAGGAAGUUGAAAAUGAUAACGAGGCUGAUGAUGAACAGGCCCUGAGAUUGGCACGUGAAAAGGACGACUGGAAGGAUACACACAGACGUGGAUAUGGCAACAGGCAGAACAUGGGUUAGUUGUUCUACUUGGGCUACACUUCAAGUAUCACCGCUCAUCCUGGAGCCAUUGAAAGUGUACUGAGAGUUGGAACCUGCACCAUAUCAAGGUAGAUGUGUCAACCAUGCAGUGUGUGUCCCUCUCUGUCUGUGAGGUCAUCAUUGGUUUCUGAGUUGUCAACAAUUACUUUGUUGGUAGUGCCUUUUCACAAAACAAAUUCAGUGGCCAUAUUGUGAAGUGUGGCUCAAAGCAAAGUGAGGCACUUGUUGCAAAUGCCAUUUAAAACUUGCUUUUUUGGAGUGUGGUAUGGUGAUAAAUGGGUCAGUAGCACUGGGAGUGAGAAAAGGUGUUUGAGUGCACAAAUGUAUAGCUACCACUGACUAUCAAACAUAAGCAAUUGACUUGGGAGUUGCAAUUAAAUGUAAUUAUAGUAACAUUUCUGGAUUUAGUAUUAAGCAGCGUCUGGCAAUCUCAAUCUAAAACUCUAUGUUAUUCCCAUUCUCCAAAUCAGGAGUUCAGAUUCCUCUGCCAGCUUUCUUUUGAUGGUCGUUAACAAACAAAUUGUAAACAUGACUUUUUGAGGUGUGUUUAAUUCCUUGUUUUUGACAUCUGAAUUCCUGUAAUCUGUGCAAAUGUUUAGUAUAGAAAAUGUUUUCCUUGCUUCAUGGUCCUUAGUUUAAGAAGAAACUGUUUUCCUAUGUUAUGAACUGCAAGUUGCCAAAUAAAGAAAACCUUAAGUCUC